AUGGCCAUUGCAAAGAUUCUGGAGAGUGCCACCUUCAUGGAGGCAUUGGAAGCUGCUGGGACUUCAUUACCCAAGAAGAGAAGAAGAAAACUUAGCAGCAGUGCUGAAACUCCACCCCCUACUGUUACCAAACCAUCAUUCAAGUUUUAUCAGGAUACAUUAGAGAAAGAUAAUGGAGAAGAAACUGAGAAAACAAGUGAUGCAAUGGAAGAAGAAGAAGUUCCUGAAACUGAUACAUCCUGUGAGUGCAUUAGCAUUGCUGAGUCAAAAGACCAUGAGGAAGAGGAAAUGGACCAGGAGGAGGAGGAGGAAGAGGAGGAAGUGGAGGAGCUGAAGGUGAAGGUUAAGGAAGAGAACCAUCUUGAGGAGGAUCAAACAGCUGCAGAGGGACCCAAGGAUGAACCUGGGGGGGAGAACCACUCUGUAGCAACAGAUAGGAAGGUGGAUCUUGUGAAAUCAGAACAAGGUGACAGGUUAUUCAAGCUGAAAUCAGUCCUGGCUUCUGCUGGAGGAUCUUCUGAAAAGGUGAAGAAGAAGGUCUCUUGGGCUGAGGAAGCUUCUCUCAAGGAAGUUUUCAUCUUUGAGAUGGAUGAGACAGAAAGAGUGAAUGUAAACAGAAUGAAAACGUUUGGAGAUUUGAUGCAAAGAGAGAGAGACAAUGAGAAGAAGGCCUUUAUGAAGGCUCGGAAACAGGCAAUGGGAGAUACCAUGGAAGAGCAGAUAGUGUGGGGUCAGCUCAGACCCCUUGACUGCCCAGCACCUCCUGCCCCACCAGGAUCCAAGUCAGCAGAGAAGGGUGUACAGAGAGCCAGGGAGUUGUCUGUUCCUCCUGCCACAUAUUUCCAACUGAUUCAAGACAGUCCAAGUGAACCAGACAGAGAGUACCAGGAGACGAAAGAUCCCAGGAUCAUCCCCCUGGAAGAUUCCACAGCUGAGGAAAAGGAUUUCACCAAUCAUCCAUGGCCUGCACAGAAAGGCUUUGCUCCUAAACCAGCACAACAGUCAAGAGCUAUCCCAAAAGGGGGAGAAUGGCGGACUUCUGAUGGGAGGCCAGUGGCAGUUGGCGACUUCCCACCAGCUCCUCAACCACCCCCAAUGGCACUUGGAGGAAUGAUGGUGCCUCCAGGAAUGAUGCCUCCUCCAAUGGCAGGUGGCUAUCCUCCAAUGAUGUUUCCUGGACCACCUGGACAUACACUUGCAUCCCCCAUGAUGGCCAUGUACCCAGUCGCACCUGAUGGAGGACCUGGUCCUGGUACACCUGGGUACGGAGGAGCUGUGUACCCUGACGAGGGUCCUCCCAGUCAGAAUAACAGGGAGCGUGAAGAUGUGUGCAGGUUUUUCAUGAAGACUGGUGAUUGUAGGUUUGGUGACAGGUGUAAAUUCCUUCAUCUUGUACCUCAUUGACUGGGGAAGCUUUGUGAUACCUAAAUUGUGUUUCUCCUUUGAUAAAUUUUGUCUUUGCAAUGGCUUGCAUCAAUAUGCAUGUGCUGAGAGGUUUAUGUUGAAGAAAAAAGACUAUUCAGAUCAUUGAAAA